GCGGGUGGCAGUCUGAGGCAAGCACCGGCUGCGACACCACCCCUGGCGCCGCCACCGCGAUUACAGCACUGCAACACCUACUCACCUGAGUGCCCCACCCCCACCUGCUCCCCGGCUCGGCUCGCCACGACACCGCGCCACAGUCUAGCAGCGACCGCCAGCGGUACCGGAACGGAACCGCUCCCAAGCAGUGGUGCCAGUGUUCGCUCGACCGUUCGGUGCUAACAGUGCAUGUGCUUCCCGGACCGACGCCAGUUCGACGCGCACGUCGCCGCCACCGGGACUUACUAGCGUGAAUCGUGGAGACCGCCUUCAACACCACGAAGAGAGGCCGGCAUCCUCUGGGAGACGAUCUGUCCCCGACGCCUGCCGCCACUCCGCCGUCCCUCAAGAGGGCCAGACACGACUCCGGCUCGUCCAGCCCGCUCAACGCCUCAGACCAGGACAUGGAAGCUCCUCUUGGAGUCGCGCUCAGUCAAAGCAUGGAUUCCGUCAACACGAACAACGGAGAGGAGGAGGUGCGGACAUUAUUCGUAAGCGGACUACCUAUGGAUGCCAAGCCUCGGGAGUUGUAUUUAUUAUUCAGGGCUUAUGAGGGUUACGAGGGAUCGCUACUCAAAGUUACAAGCAAAAAUGGAAAAACCGCUUCGCCUGUGGGAUUUGUGACUUUUAACACUCGAGCAGGAGCGGAGGCAGCUAAGCAAGACUUGCAGCAGGGCGUAAGGUUUGACCCCGACAUGCCUCAGACGAUCCGACUGGAGUUUGCUAAAAGUAACACGAAGGUUAGCAAGCCCAAACAGCAAGCUGCUAACGCCGCCAACACGCACCCAACUUUGAUGCACCCCCUCACCGGACUGUAUUUUUCAGAUCUGGGAACCCCUUUCUUCCCGGGUGGUCCAGAACUGUGGCAUCAUCCGUUGGCUUAUUCAGCAGCUGCGGAAUUACCGGGAGCAGCCUUGCAACAUGCAACACUCGUACAUCCCGCACUGCAUCCACAGGUCCCCCCUCCAAUGUCUUUGCCGCAUCCUACUGCUCUAACUUCAGUACAUGCAGCAUCUUUGCCACAUUUUCUACCAAGUCCUGCCUUGGCUUCUCCCGUGGGGUCAUCGUCCUCACAACCUGGUUUGGGAGUAAGCAAUCCGCCUUGCUCUACACUCUUCGUCGCAAAUUUGGGCCAAUUUGUGUCCGAACACGAGUUGAAGGAAAUAUUCGCCAGCUUCCCUGGCUUCUGUCGCCUGCGCAUGCACAACAAGGGUGGAUCCCCGGUGGCCUUCAUGGAAUACCAGGAUGUGCGUUGCGCCGCACAGGUCAUGGCAGCACUGCAAGGUUCCUUCCUACUGUCCUCCGAUCGCGGCCCCAUACGUAUCGAAUACGCCAAAAGCAAAAUGGCUGCAGAGGGAACAAAAGGAGAAGAAAAUGGACAAUCUUAAUUCGUACAUGCCGCUGAGUACUUGACAGAGAGCGAUGGUCGUGGCUGGACACUGCUAGAGUGGUCUUGGCCAAAGUAAAAUCGCUGUUCAAAGCAAAGCUUACCUAUCUCUGUUAACUGUUGUAGUUGUACUGUUAGAUUUGCAGGACAGUAUUUACGUGAUAAGUACAGGUAAACUGCAUCAAGUCGUUUGAUCAGAUUGCUUAAUAACUUCAUUUCAUUGAGAAUGAUAAAAAUAUGAAGAUAAGCUAAACCAAAGGUGCCCUAAAAGUUAAGUUUUAGAUUUAUUAUUAAAUUAUUAGAGUGCGUCGUGAAGUGUGUCCCACGAGGGCGCCCAGCGUGCACUAACAGUAUUGUUUUGUCGAGCUUUCUUUAGAUAAUUACAUAGUGGUAUUGAUAUAAGAUAGAGUCUUAUGGUGAAAAUUGAUUUAAUAUAUUUUUGUUUUGUUUUAUCAUAGCAAUAAACCAAUGACGAAAUAAGCGCACUUGACAUGUUUGGUGUGUAACGCUACAAAAAGAUUUUUCAAAAUAUAAACAUAUCAUAAAAAUGGCUUUGCUACACCAGUCAUGACAGUGAGUUACUUUAGAGAAUUAUGUCCUGUAUUAAUAAUCUUUAAUUCGAUACAAUUUGCCCAAUUUUUAAUACUUAACGGUAUUUAUCAGAGAGUCGUAGAGAGCUCUGUUGUUUUUUCAGAAUAUUACUUUAACAACUUUAUAUUAUAGAUGAGCUUUUGCUUAAAUUAUAGAAGUAAUAGAAUAUGAUGCAUUUGUUAUCUUGCAAUCAAAGAAUGCAUGCAGUUAUACAGGAAUAGUAAAUUUUAUAGUUUUCAAUUACGGUAUGUAUUAUAUAGGUUUUAAGUUUAGCAUUGGUUUUUAUUGUACCUUGAAUAUUAACACGAUGUACCUAUAUUACCAUCGUGUGCACAAAGUCCGUACGGAGCACCAUUUAGACAGCCGAAAAGUAGCACAAUCAUGUCGUUCCAGUCAAUUAUUAUGAAAUUCUAACCUAAACGAAUCAAUUAGAACAAUUGUUAAUAAAUGUUGUAAAAUUAAUAAAGUGCUAAUAUGGGUACAUCAGUGUUGGAUAACCAAAGUUUAAUUUAGGUGGCCCUUAUGAUAAUAUAUUUAUUUAAGACAAGUUGUAGGUUAUAUAAGAUAUUGUUUUACUAGUGUUGUAAUGUAUUAUUUUUAUAUAAUUUUAUAGUUUUCUACAACCUUACUAAUCACUGAGAUAACAGUCGAAAGUGUAUAAUGUUGAAAACAUUGGUAAUUCUCUAUUAUCUAGAUUAUAUUCAUAUAGUGUCGUAGUGCUUUUUGUGUGACGUUUAUGUGAUAUAUCUAUUACUAUCAUUAUAAGUGUAUUUAGGCCGGGGAUCCCCCGGCACUUAAGGAGCGUCCAAGAUGCGGCAUCAUCUCGAAGCAACAAGGAAAGAAAGUGAGUCAAUUAACAUUGCAUCAGAGACGCGUGUCAAUCUAGAGGCAGAUGAUCCGCAUUCUUGGAGGCGAAUUGCAGAUAGAAGCGGACCACCUGUGGCCUUUGCACUCGCAUAGGUUGUAUGUGACGGGUGCGAGGGACUCGGGCGGCUGUUCUGCGUAUUGUUUCCGUCCAAUGCAUGUCGUACGACAUGUCGCAGCUCAAUGAGCGUCGGUAGGGUGGGUGCGGAUCAGGGUGAUCAGGCUGGGCAGCCAGCUAUCUUUGGGACUAUAGAAAACAUAUCAGCUUAAUUAAUUGAUAAAAUUAUAAAUACCUGUUAUAUGCAAUCCGACCUUUAAAUGUCGUCUUGUAACUGUGUUUUUUAACUGCAGAGUUCUGUGUUUUAAAUUAUAUGUUCUUGAAAUUGUGGAGUUUAGUCAGUUCCACGACGGCGUCGGCCGUUUCUUCGCCGAGGAAACGGACGUCGGCGGACGGAACCAAAUUUUGUGAUAAAACUUAUCAACGGUAAUAUAAACUAGCCACAAUCGCCUUCUCUGCUUUAGGUCAUAGGUUAAUAAACACCACUUCUUAAACAUAUCAUGAUCUGUGCCCCUUGUCAAGUGACAUCUUAAAUUUUUAGCAAUUAAUAAGGUAAUAAAAGAAGAUUUGAUAAUAUUUAACAAAUGAAUUUACAAAGUAAUAUUAUAUAAGGAAAAAUCGAUUCUUUUAACAGCUGAUCUACACUACAUUUUAAGAACGACAACCAUCGGUGUAGUUUUUAAGUCUGUAAAAGCAGCUGCUGCUGUGUAGCAUGUACUUUGUACCCAGCAAGCAAUCGGUGGGGGCGCCACAGUCCCUAUACCUAGCCUUAGUAGUCCUGUCAAUCGACCGGGGAAUGCAUAUCUUUAUUGUAAUAUUGAAUCAAGUAGGCGUCGUAAACUUAGUUUAAUGUAAACAUGUGUUGAAAUUGUUGGUCUAGAAUUAUAAGUACAACCGAGCAACAUAAUGGGUACUGACCAGCUAGGUCAGUUGUUGUUGAUACUAGUCAGAUAUUUGUAUAACCCACCCCACCAUCUUGCCCCUCUUUUUCAGAUGAAAGCAUUCCAUACAAAGAUUGUAUUACCUGACAACGUACUUAGCUAUAAAUUGUAUAGGGUCCAAAAGAUGGGAAAUAAAUAUGUAUUAUAAAAAUUAACAA